AUGGGUUGUCUGGGCAAUAGUAAGACCGAAGACCAACGUAAUGAGGAGAAGGCACAGAGGGAAGCAAACAAAAAGAUAGAGAAACAGCUUCAAAAAGACAAACAGAUAUACCGAGCUACUCACCGGCUACUACUAUUAGGUAGGUUUCUGACAUUGAUAAAGUGUUUCAUGCCAUGUUUAAUGUGGGUAUCCCAGCCAUAUACUUAUUGUGGCAUUUGAGGUUGACAAGGGUCUGACAUUGUAAAUGACGUAUUUUUGUAUGUAGGCCAAUGUUCUUCCUAGGCAGUCCAUUAAACCAAGACUCUUCCAUUUGUUUUAUUGCAAUGGGUUUUUACGUUUGGUUGUGCUGUCAUUUUCGAUAGGAGUUUGUUCUUGUAAGAGGCAUACACUGGCAACACCUGUCAUUUGAAGCACGCUGCACAGCUGUCCAUGAAAAGCCACCAGAAGGAUUUGCACCACUUUUUUUGCAACAUUGUUUCUUUGUCCAGAGCAACGUUGUUGCGUGGAUGCCACCCGACUAGGGGAAUGAUUAGUUGUGGUGUAGACCUAGCUAUGUGUGUCUAUAUGCCUGAUUUAGGAAGAGUAACCUACAAAUCAUAGUCCUCAGGAUUGUGCCGUUUUCAUCCUCAUAGACUUUUUCCUUGGAGUGCUUUUAAUCAUAAUCGUUGCUAAUACCAGGACUGAUUUAUUUAACAGUAGGCCUAGGGUAAUCAAGUUGCUCCUAGUCCUAUGUAAUAACAUUGUAAUUACUCAAGUAACACCAUUGUAUUUGCAGAGUGUUUCAUUGUAAAUUCUUUAUAAUUGUAUAGUAAUGGAGUUGUUCCAAUUACACAGGGCCGGCUCUAGCAUUUAGGGGGCCCAAAGCAAGAUUUGGUUUGGGGCCCCCCACCUCGUGGAAAAACAUUUUAGUGGCCCCCCUCUUGACGGUGGCGAGAAAAAGUGUAGUUUUAAAGUUAAUUUCCUGCAAUUCUAUACAUUUUGCCAUGGGGCAUAGAGAACAUUUUGCAGUUUUAAAGGCCCAGUGCAUUCAAAAAUGUGUUUUUCCAUGGUUUUAUAUAUAUUUCCACACUAUGAGGUUGGAAUAAUACUGUGACAUUGUGAACAUGAUGAUGAUGGCCCUUUUAAUGUAAGAGCUGUUUGAAAAGACUGCCUGAAAUUUCAGCAUGUUUUUGGUGUGAUGGAGCUUUGGCCUUCCAUGGUGACAUCACCAUGGGGUAAAUAAGAAAUAUUAGUAAGAGAGUUCCAAACCUCUCUGCCAAUAACAGCUCAUGUUCUGUUUUCCCCUCCCCACUCAGACCACUCCCAGACAGUCCUAGCAAAAUUGCUUGAGAAAUUGCUCUUUGCUAAGAAGCUAUUUUUGUUUAUUUUUGACCAUUUUAAAUUAAAACAAUCACAGUAAGGUACUUAAUUGUUACACAGAAAUUAUUUGAUAUUGAGAUAAAAACGGCUGUAUUGGAAGCAAGUUUUCUGCAAUUCUACACAUUUUGCCAUGGGGUGGAGAGAGAUUGUAGCAGUUUUAAAGCUAAUUUCCUGCAAUUCUACACAUUUUCACUUAAUAUGAUAUCUGACUGAGAAUGACUAACAAAAUCAAUGGUGGCCCCCGGAGUUCAGGACCUCUGAGCACAUGCCAUGAGUGCCCGGAACGGUAUUCGGCCAUGAUUACUACAAGUUUGGAUAGCUGGCUAGACUAACUACUGAGCUUUUCCUUUAAUUGGCUUGAUUUGGUAGGCUCAUAUUUGGAGCAAUUUAAUCUUAAUUGGCAUACAAACAACAUGCAACCAUGUUCUAAGUUUUGACCUUACAGUAUUAGGCCUAAUAACAAUGCAGACAUUGAUUCCUGUCUGAAGUGACAAUGACUAGGGUCCCUAUUAACUCUGCCAAAAACAACGUUCUUCAUGCACUAAAAGAAUGCACAAUGUUUGGAUACAUGAAUUCAACAAAACCAUGUUCACCGUACAAAACAAAAAUACAUUUCAAAGCUGCAUAUUUAUUCAAAUACACUAUUUUUUGCUGCACAGUGAAAAUGUGUUUGACCGGAUCCCGGAAACCUGGUUACCAUUUUGGAUUUUAUAGGGGCCUAGGUAUUUAUGACAAGUCUACCUAGUCAACUCGCUACAUUAUUGGUGUGUUUUUCCCUUGGAGAGAAGUAAAAAAAAAAGAAGUCACUCAGGCCCAAGUUAGGAUGUGGUCUGUUUGCCUUUCAUUUUCAUUCUGCAAGUAGCAUAUUGUUAGCACGAAGGAGCAGCGUUUGUUCUCUCUGUUCCUCAAUGGGUGGAGAAUGACUUUUCCGAAUAUCCCAGAAUGUUCACAGCAUUCCAUGUCCCGUGGUUAGUGGACAGUCAUCACUAGGGGUUAGGAUUUCUUCCUGACCAUGUUAUCUGACCAGGAAACACACUGGGCCCUAGUUGUAGUAGGUUAUAACUUGGUUGAACACUGAAGUAAUGUGUGAUUUACAUGCCUAGAAUUUAGCUCAAGGGAAUUGAUAUCGCCCUAAAGAGACCACUGUCUUUUUAAAAAGUCUUUAGACCUUUAUCUUCCUCCUCUCUCUGUGUACAGGUGCUGGUGAAUCUGGGAAGAGCACGAUAGUCAAACAGAUGCGAAUAUUGCAUGUGAAUGGCUUCAAUGCAGAGUAA